CUGUACACGUGGGGUGCAAAUGACUUUGGUCAACUAGGAGAUGGAACUGAAGAGAGUACAAAGCACCCAAAAAAGGUCAAAUUGUUGCAGUCUGAGUUUGUGAAAUCUGUGUCUUGUGGAGCACAUUGUACAGCUGCUAUUGCCGAACCUCAGCAAAAAGAUGACUCUACAUCUUCAAGCAGGCUCUGGGUCUGGGGGCAGAAUCAGGGUUCAAAUUAUCCUCGCCUAUUUUGGGGAGCCUUUUCCACAAACACAAUUAUACGUCAAGUUUCUUGUGGAGCAGUUCAUGUGGUGGCUCUAUCUGAGGACGGUCUACUGCAAGCAUGGGGCUACAACGAGUAUGGUCAGCUUGGAAGAGGUAUUACUUGUGAAGGACUACAGGGAGCUCGCAUAUUGAAUUCUUUUGCAAAAUUCCUAGAUGAAGCCCCUGAGCUUGUGAAGAUUACACAAGUGUCAUGUGGGGAGUAUCACACAGCAGCUCUAUCAGAAAAUGGGGAGGUAUAUACUUGGGGACUGGGAAGUAUGGGGCAACUUGGACAUUGCUCUCUUCAGUCUUGCGAUAAAGAAUUAAUUCCAAGGAGAGUUGUCUCCUUGGAGGGCAUAGUUGUUAAGGAUGUUGCAUGUGGUGGUGUUCACUCUUGCGCUUUAACUACCAAAGGUGCCCUUUAUGCAUGGGGUGGUGGACAAGCUGGGCAGUUAGGUUUAGGCCCUCAGCAAGGUUUCUUUUCUUGUGUUUCUAACGCUUCUGAUGCGUUACUUCGGAAUAUUCCCGCUCUGGUCAUACCGUCUGGUGUUGAGCUUGUUACAUGUGGUCACUCUCACACUCUAAUAUCUAUGAAAGAUGGACGAAUCUAUGGUUGGGGAUAUAAUAGCUAUGGUCAAGCAGCAAAUGAUAAAUGUACAUAUGCAUGGUACCCUUCACCUGUUGACUGGUGUAUAGGAGAGGUAAGGAGACUUGCGGCUGGGGGUGGUCAUUCAGCUGUGUUAACUGAUGCCUGCUCCCUGAAAGAGUUAUGUGAGUUCAUGCUUGCAGAAAAUGUUAAUCUGUCUAACUCACUUUUGAUUGAGGAUGUGGCAUCUCGAGCUGGUUCAGAUGCUUUGGCACGCCUUUGUGAAAGAUUGAGGGAACAAUAUACGCACGGGCAGGAUGAUCGGAAUGGUGAAGAGAAAGAUGUUGACGACAGCUUUUGACGAGGCAAUCAAGCUCUUGUGUAUUCAUACAGACAUAUCCUACAAAACUCGGUGUAUUCACUGUAUCUGUAUCGAUUACCUGGCAAUCAUGAAUUCUGCUUUUGACUUACCAGAAAAGGCCAUGUAUGUUGUGAAUACACUUGAUAAAACAUUUUAAUUGAGACUAAUUUAUGAUGUUCUAUCUUGUC